AUGGCGGCCAGAUCAGGAGGACCACCGAGGCGGAAGAACAAGAAAAAACGGGUGGAGACACCCCGCCACCGCCGUCCGCCGGUCAACGGCCUCCUCCGGUGGCGGCGAGAGGACAGAAAGGAGGAAGCCAUGGCGCUGCUUUCACACAGUGUAGCGCCGCUGCUGCUCAUCCCGCUUUCAGCUAUACAAAAGGUCAGCCCGGAGAGAAACAAUGUUCUUCAUCUAGCAGCCGGCCAAGGGCACCACGAGCUGAUCCAAGAGCUCUACGCCAGCUUCGGGGACAAGAGCUUGCUCUCUGCCCAGAAUUCGGCUCUGGACACGCCGCUGCACUGCGCGGCGAGAGCCGGGCAUGAGAGAGCCGUGUCUCUCCUCGUCCAGCUCGCGUGGGGCACCGGUGAUCAUGCGAACAUCUUGGGGUGCAAGAAUGAGGCUGGGGACACAGCGUUGCAUCUGGCGGCGAGGCUCGGCCAUACCGCAGCGGUUGAGGUUAUAGUAUUUGUGGCGCCGGAGCUGGCAUCAGAGGUUAACAAUGCCGGCGUAUCACCGUUGUACUUGGCGGUGAUGAGCAGGUCGGUACCCGCUGUCAGAGCUAUAACCAGGUGCAGGGACGCGUCGUCUGCCGGCCCGAGUUCACAAAAUGCUCUGCACCCUGCCGUCUUCGAGGGUUCAGAAAUGGUUAGCCUGCUACUGGACUGGAAUCCAUCCCUGGCCAGCGAAGCAGAUGCCAGUGGCAGCACUCCGCUCCAUUUUGCUUCGUCCGACGGCGACCACUCCGUCGUAAAUGCAAUCCGGCGCGCUGCACCGUGCGCGGUGCGCAUGCGGGACUCGGGUGGCCUCUCCGCUCUCCACGUCGCGGCAAGGAUGGGCCACGCACGCCUCGUCGAGGCGCUGAUAGAGGCGUGUCCCAACGCAGCUGAGCUCCGAGACAACCUUGGCAGAACCUUCCUGCACGCCGCGGCCAGGGGAGGCCACUCCAAUGUCAUGUCGAUUGCCAUCAAGAAACCAGCGCUGCGCGGCCUCCUGAACGCGCAGGACGUGAACGGCAACACGCCACUCCAUCUCGCGGUGGUCGCAACUUCUGCCAACGUCGCGGGGGCCCUGCUGUGCCACAACGAAUUGCGAGCCGACGUCAUGAACAACGAGGGACACACUCCUCUUGAUCUCGCCGUGAGAUCUACCUGUUUCUUCUCAAUGGUGCGUCUGGUGGUGACAUUGGCUGUAUUCGAGCAGCGAUCUCACCCUCAGAGGCGGGACCAAGUGAAGAAAUGGAGCAAUGACGACCUAGGAAAAGUGGUGGAGAAGACGUCGGACAGCCUCGCGGUAGUCGCUGUCCUCAUCGCCACCGUCGCCUUCGCUGCGGCCAACAAUGUGCCCGGGUCAUACGAGCAAGGGGACAACUUGGCAUCCGUAGCCAAGGGAAAGAUGGUCUUUAAAGGGAUGGCCAUUCUACAGGAUAAUGACCUCUUCAUAUUCUUCCUGUUACUUGACAGCUUUGCCCUGAUGACAUCCAUGAUCGCGGCGGUCUUGCUCGUCUUUGGGAAGCCGUCACGCUCCGCCGGGUCAUGUGCGAGCUUCGUGGUGGCGCUGCAGUGCCUAUGGGCGUCGCUGAUGAGCAUGCUAGUGGCCUUCUAUGCAGCUAUAUCUGCAGUGACUACCACGAGCGAAACCAUCGAAGCCUACUGCUACAUGAUCAUAGGCUAUGGCUUCGCGAUACUUUCCUCGACUGUAUAUCUGAUCCUGCCUAGAGUGCCGCCGCGCAUAGCUUUUAUGGUUAUAUGGCGUACUGCCCAAAAUGGGUGGAACCUUGUCUUCAGAAGGCGUCCUAUCAAGCGGAAGUAUCCUGUCGCAAAAGCUUACGCACUCAACCUGCUAAUUUUCAGUUCAAUAGGCUACCUAGCGGUUGCCGGUAUUAUCGUCAUCCUGAUGAAGAGCGCAGUAAUGAAAAGCGAGUUGGGGAAUUCUGGGGCACCUGCACCUUCUCCUGCCGUCUCUUAG